GUAAUGGGGAUGGACAACUGCAGCUAUGUUUAGUCGUCUCUCAGUCGCUGAUGCCUUUAAGAGAAGAGCGAGCAGCGACCAGCCCAGUGAGGAGGGCGCAAGAAUGUCCAAACGCAGCCCUGACCGGAGGGGACGCCGUGUCAGGGAGCGCCGGAGAGCCACACAGAAAUGAGACAUGGCGGCGGCCGGCGCUGUGCUGUCCAGGGAGCAGCUUCUCUGCCCCAUCUGCCUGGAUUUGUUCAACCAGCCAGUCUCCACUCCCUGUGGCCACAACUUUUGCCGGGAAUGCAUCAACAGAUACUGGCAGAGCGCUUAUCUGCUGCAGUGUCCAAUGUGUAAGCACAAACUGUACAAGAAGCCGGACCUCAAAGUGAAUGCCUUCAUAUCGGAGGUGGCGUCUCAGUUUAAGGAGCUGAUGAAAAGGAAAGACGAACCCGAUGCUACAAGCCAAGGAGACGUUUCCUGUGAUGUGUGUGCGGGGAAGAAAAUCCAGGCUCUUAAAUCUUGCUUGGACUGUUUGGCCUCAUUCUGUGAGACUCAUUUGGAACCCCAUCUUGUUCUGGGCACCUUGAAGACACAUCAGCUGAUCCGUCCCAUGAUGAACAUGCAGGACCGAGUGUGUCAGAAGCACGAGAAGCUUCUGAGUCUGUUCUGUAAGACCGACCAGAUGUUCGUGUGCCAGAUGUGCAUCAAGAGAGAUCACACGGCUCAUCGCACCAUUCAUAUAGAGGAAGAGAGCCGAGAAAAGAGGGAUGAGAUUAAGAGCAUCAGCGCAGAGCUGGAAGGCAUGAUCCACAGCCGGCUGCAGAAGGUCUGUUCGAUCAGUCAAACUGUCGAGCUCAGCAAGAGAAACACGGAGAAAGAGUUCGAGGAGAGCUUGGACGUCUUCGACAAACUGCUGCAGCUCGUCCAGAGGGGCCAGGCUGAAGUGGCCGAGGUGCUCAGCGCCAAGCAGAGGCAGGUGGAGGAGAAGGCCAGCAGACUCAUAGCGGAGCUGGAGCGGGAGAUCGAUCAGCUCGGCCACGCCGUCGACGAGCUGAAGCAGCUCACUCACACUGACGACCAUCUUUACCUGCUCCGGCGUUUUCCGGCCCUCUCCGCCGUGCCAGCCGUCAGAGACUGGUCCGGCGUCUGCUCGGAGAGCGUGGAGUACGUGGGCACGGUGAGGAGAGCCGUCAGAAGAGUUGCCUGCCAGCUGGAGGAGGCGGCGACAGCUGAGGCGAAGAGGCUCUGUGAGACUGAGUUGGAGAGGGCUCGGCGGUACGCUGUGGAUGUGACUUAUGAUCCCGACACGGCUCAUCCCAAGCUGGUGCUGUCGGAGAGCAAUAAACAGGUCCAUCACAGCGACGUAGCCCUGGACCUCCCUGACAACCCAGAAAGGCGCUCCCUCUCCCCGGUGCUGACGGCUGUGGUGUGGACGCUCCUCUCCUGCGGCAUCCUGCUGGCGUUCUGCUUCCUCCUCUUCACCCUGCGCUUCAAAAACAACAGGAUAGUGAAGAUGUCCAGUCCCAACCUCAACGUCCUGACUCUCUGUGGAAGCGUCCUCACCUACGGUAGCGGCUUCCUCUUCGCCGUUGAUGAACGAGCCCGCUCUCAAGGUGGAGCGUCUCUGGCUGUGAUACAGGCUCAGAUGUGGAUGCUCUGUGUGGGCAGCACCUUGGUGUUUGGACCAAUUUUGGGAAAGACCUGGCGCCUGUACAGAGUGUUCACCCAGCGGGUGCCCGACAAACGAGUGAUCAUCCGAGACAUCCAGCUGAUGGGCAUGGUGGCACUCUUGAUCCUGGUGGACUUGCUGAUCCUCACUGCCUGGAAUGUCGCCGAUCCCGUCAGAUGUUCACGAUCAGUGAACGCUCUUGUCAAGAUGAUGGAGAGGGACAUUUCCUAUUCUUUGUCUCAGAUGGACUCUUGUUCUUCUCUUUACUCAAACCUGUGGGUUAUUCUCAUCACAUUCCAGAAGGGUGGUCUCCUCCUCUAUGGUGUCUACCUGGCCGGACUGACCAGCAACGUCAGCCAUCCUCCCGUCAACCAGUCUCCCACCAUCAUCACGGCCGUGGCCCUGGUCACCUUGUCCUCCGCCGUGGCCAUUCCCGUCUCCGUCUUCCUGCAGGCGUGGCCCAACCUGGUGUACAGCACGGUGGCCGGAGCCAUCUUCAUCUGCACGCUGGCGACCAACUGCAUGCUGUUCGUGCCUCAGCUGACGCAGUGGCGGCAGUUUGAAGACGAUCAGAACAACCCGAGUCAGAUGGCCAAGUACUUCAGCAGCCCCAGCAAGAGCCAGCCGUCUGUCUACAGCCAGGACGAGAUCUGCUACCUGCUGGGGGAAAACAGCUCCAUGAAGAAGCUGCUUAAUGAGAAAAACGCUGUGAUUGACAGUCUGCAGGAGCAGGUGAACAACGCCAAGGACAAACUGUUACGGCUCAUGUCGGCCAGCCAGCCUGCUGAGGGCCAGGACGCAGACUCCUCCACCACCAACUUCAACUCCUCGUCGACUCAGACCACCGAGCUUCAGUGUGAAGGACCGUCUUCUUCCUCUUCUGUUUCUCAGAGGGACCCGGUCUCCAAACCUCCAUCCGCCCAGCUUGCUCCUCACCUGCCUGCCGCUCCUGCUUCUGUUUCUGCCGUGGCGCCGCCCUCCGAGCCGACCCCUGACCCCUCAGCCUCGGUCUCCUCCCAGCUGCUCGGUGAUACUCAGACGAAUGAACCCCAGAGAGACGCGUCCGCCGCUGGUUCUCCUGAGCCCGCGUUGCCUCCAUUUUCCGGGUCGAUGCGGACAGCAGAGGAGACGGUUGAGUUUGUCACCUCGCUGCAGUCCCGUCGAGAGGCGGGGGCGUUCGGCGGCCUGGCGUUUCAGCUCGAGCCGGCCGCCGCCCCGCCCUGCGGCUUCAUCAGCAGCGAGCAGCUGCAGGAGAUCCUGCAGGAGCUGAGCGUGGACGCCGUGACGGAGACCGCCCUUCGGUCUCCCGGUCAGGCGUCCGGGGCGUCGUCCCAGCUGAGGCCGUCCGCCACGCUGUCCCCCCUGUCCCCGCGGACGCCGCGCUCCCCGCCCCCGCCCGUGCUCUUCCGUUACCCCAGCAUCUCGCCUUACGCCAUGAGGAAGCGCCGGCCGCCCUUCCACUCCCCCAGGUCGGGCCUGGCCCCUCCGUGCUUCUACGCAGGGUCGGAAAUUUCAAGCUGUGGGCAGAAAAGACACGACUGUGACCGCCAGAACGCGGGGAAGCACCCCGAGGGCCCCGCUUCAGUCGAUCCGCUCCUCAGCGGCGACUCCCAGGUGGCGACAGAGGAGGAGAAUUCACAAAACACGCUGGAAAGGAGGGGAAGAUGUCAAGGAUGCAUUUCAAGGUCUCACAGAUGUUCGGUCUUGCAGUGUGGAGAUCAGAGUCUCGUAUCGCCGCCAGACGUGGACCUGAGCGGCGCCAGCGGCCGGCCGCAGCGGAAACACAUGAGGGACUCGUGCGGGUUCUGGGACUCGGACUCCAGCAGCUCCACGGAUUACUGCUACUACCACCGCCCGUACUGCGACUCCUGCCGGCAGCGGGGCUCGCUGCUGUGCUCCGACAGCUCGUCAGACUCCUCCGACAGCGAGUACGACGACUACGCCGGCCUCUACCGCUCCUCACGCCCCGUGGUGUUCAAGGAAGACCUCAAACCCACCUUUGUUUGAACUCACAGUUGCAGCACUUUACCGAAUGAUCCACUUCAACCUCGUGUAUUUAUGUUCCUGGAGAUGUUGUGCAAAACGAACUCAGCCAGUGACGCAGACUCAAAAACCUUUGUACUGUAUAUGAAGUUGAUGUACUUCUGAAAUGGGAGAUAAUUUGUAGCUUUCAAAGGGAAUGACAGACAUAUUACUGAUUCUGGAACAAAGAGUUUCUUUCAGAUGUGAGAAAGAAAUUUUUCUCUCAAUAGCAAAUUGUGUGUUUUUUUCUUUUAUUUUCAUUGUUAUUAAUGUCAUUAUUUUGAUAUCAUUUCUAUUUUUGGAUGACAGACUUUUACAUUCAAACUCAGUAAAACACAAAUUAAUCCAUUACCUGGCAUGAAAAUAGGACCAAAUAAAAACCUGGGAUUCAAACUGCAUUUUUACAUGUUAGAAACUCCACUGUGUUAAAUAUUGUGCAGACGCUGUAUUUAUUUUCAUAUUUAUUUGUUCACGAUUUGUUUUACAGAUUUUUUCUUAAUGUGUUCCAUUUUUAUUAAGAUUCCGUUGAAUGUUCAUUUAUCGUCUCCUGAAGUGAACAAUACAGGUCCUCAUUUUCAUCAUGUUGAGUUGGUUCAUAGUUCACCAAACUGGCACUGCUACAAACAUGCAAUUCACCUGCUUGUGCAGGAGUAUGUCACUUUUCGACAUUUAAGUA